AUGGUUAAAAUUCGAGAGGCGCCAGCUCAGUCUAAGCUCAAAGACACAAUUUCUCAAUUAAAUCGGGAAUCUCAGAAAAGGCAGAAGCUUCAGCAGAUAGAAAAACAGCUUAAAGAAGCAGGUUUCGAUACGCAGCUUGUUAGGCCAACAGUUGGUCGUCCAAGUUUAGAAGAAGCACAGCCAGGUUUAUUGGAAGCUAUUGUUCAAAUUGUUUCUUCAGAUGGACAGGCUGAUAAAAGACAGCGUUCAGAAUUAAUACGAUCUGUCAAGACCUUAGACCAGCUCCAAGAAGCAUUAACAAAUAUGAACUAUAAACUGUCAUGCUCUGCGACAUAUCUUUGGCUAAUUCCAAGACGGCAUAGUAGUAAAGAAGGAAAGCAACAUGUUAAAACAGUGCCAGUGAAGCUUUUAAGGUCACAAAAUUCAGCAAGAAGGAGCCAUGAUGAUACCCAUUUCUGCGCUGCUUUAAUAAGAAAUAUAAAAGAAAUGGUGUCAUUAUUGGGUCCCAAAAGUGCUUUAGUAAUAUCUCAAGAUGAUAAAGCACGAAUACCUCUCGGUUUAGCCGUGGCCAACAAACAAGCACCGAUUCUUAUGAAGUUGGAAUACCGAGUAGAACUGCCGGAUCAUGAUUGGGUUGUUGCUGAAAGGCAUAAACUGAUCCCUUCAGUUUAUGCAGUAUUAGACGUACAAGAAGAUAAAUAUAGACAAGCUGAAGCAGUAACAUAUUCAGGUCCAACGUUCAUAAGAAUUCGUAGUGGUAAACAUGAUAGUAGUACCGCUUACUCUCAUGGCAAAGACUUCAAUGACCUGAUGGCUGAGGAGAAAUUACACAACUUUACUACGAUGGAUGGCCAGCCUAAACCCGUAGUGGUAAUGAUAAGUGAUGGUGGACCCGAUGAGAAUCCAUGCUAUAGAAAAACAGUUCAAAUGAUGGUAGAUCACUUUAUUAACCAUGACUUAGCUGGUAUAAUCCUCCCACAUGAUACUUUUGGAUCACAUUUGGAUGCACAGUUAAAGACAAGUGAUGAGGAAUUGGAAAAACACAAUUUCAAAGUGGCUAGAGAUGUUUUGACAUCAGUGUGGGAGGAUACAAUUAUCGAUGGUUAUCCAAUACUUGUUAAGUAUAUAGAACCUUCCGAAGAAUCCUACUACUCAAAUGAAAAAUCAGCAGCUUGGAUGGAAAAACAUGUAAUGACUUGUCGCUAUAUGACUCAAGUCAUAAAGUGUGAUGAUCCAAGCUGCUGUAAACCUUUUCACAGUGGAAUCAAACAGGUCCUUCCAAAUCGCUUUUUCCCACCACCACUUCUGCUCCAACAGAAGCUUCAUAGUAUUUGCAUAGCAAGCAUGGGCAUAUCCAAUAAUACAACUCACUUUGGCAGCUUUCUUCUCUCCGUAUUAAUGGAAAGAAAGUUAACUCCUCCAGACGCAAAUCUACAGUAUUUUCCCUUCGAUUGGUAUUGCCCAACCGUCAAUAAAUCAAUUAAUGAAUACCUCUGUUCUUAUUGUAAUCGAUACUAUGCUUUAAAAGGAUCUUUGAAAAUCCAUACUAAAAAAUGUAAAAAAUCUAACUUAUCUAAAGAACCUGUUUUGGAUAUUCAAGAUUACGAAAGUAGUGAACCUAUGCAGGUGGAUGAAGAAGUGGUACCGGAAGAUUUGUUAAAAACCUAUCCUCAGCAAGUGCAAGUUCAUGAAAAGUUGAUUGUGGAUAGAGUAUUAAUAGUUGACUGGGAUACUUGGAAGAAAUGCGAGUGGCAAAUGAAUAAUUAA